AUGGAUAUCGUGAACGAAGUCUUCGACGCCUUUCUGGCAGACUACGUCUACGCCAAACUCUUGCCGGCGCAGGCAGCUGCCUCUCCCUACGAUUAUCCAAACCCUACGAAUGCUUCCAGUGCGCAAGUCUUUUCGACAUGGCAGUACAAACCUGCCACCAAGUACUUUUCGAUCCAGCCGAGCCACUAUGCAUAUGAGAGUUCCCUGCCUAGAGACAACGUCUACAGGCAGGUGACCAACCUCUUCCUGAUUACAUGGAUCUUUGGUGUCUUGAUAUACUUCGUUUUCGCGACUCUGUCGUACAUUUUCGUCUUUGACAAGGAAACCUUCAAGCACCCUAAGUAUCUCAAGAACCAGAUCAGAUUGGAAAUCAAGCAGACCAUGAACUCUAUGCCGCCCAUGGCCGUCUUGACCGUUCCUUUCUUCCUCGCCGAGGUCCGCGGCUGGACCAAGUGCUACGAUACUUUCGAAGAGGCACCUUUCCCAUGGUACAACUGGAUACAGUACCCCUUCUUCGUCCUCUUCACCGAUUUCUGCAUCUACUGGAUUCACCGCGGUCUACACCAUCCCAUGGUCUACAAGACCCUCCACAAGCCUCACCACAAGUGGAUUAUGCCUACUCCCUACGCCUCCCAUGCCUUCCACCCCGUUGACGGAUGGGCCCAGGCUCUGCCUUACCAUGUCUUCCCUCUGCUGUUCCCGCUGCAGAAGUUUGCCUAUGUCGGCCUGUUCGUCUUCGUCAAUUUCUGGACCAUCAUGAUUCACGACGGCGAGUACGUGGCCAACAGCCCCAUCAUCAACGGCGCUGCCUGCCACACCAUGCACCAUCUCUACUUCAACUACAACUACGGCCAGUACACCACUGUCUGGGACCGCUUUGGUGGCAGCUACCGCAAGCCCAACGACGAGCUUUUCGCCAGAGAGACAAAGUUCAGCCAGAAGGAGUGGAACAAACAGAGCAAGGAGAUGGAGAAGAUGGUGGUCGAGGUCGAGGGCAAGGAUGACAGGACAUACGACCCUGCCGACGAGAAGAAGACCAACUAA